CCGUGGAUGGCGAAAUACUUUCAAAAUGGGCAACUGGAUCAUUAACCAUGGACUGUCAUCCUUCAUACUGGUGGUCUGGAUGUCCAUCAACAUAUUCCUGUUCCUUUGGUUCUAUUUCUUCUACGACUUGGGGGAUCAGUUUUUCUACACACGCCACAUUUUAGGGUCUGCCUUGGCCUGGGCCAGAGCCCCUGCAGCCGUCCUCAACUUCAACUGCCUGCUGAUUCUGCUGCCUGUGUGUCGGAACCUGCUGUCUCUCAUCCGGGGCUCCUUCAUGUGCUGUGGGCGAACUAUGAGAAAACAGCUGGACAAAAAUAUCAGUUUCCACAAGCUGGUGGCCUACAUGAUUGGCCUGAUGACAGCUGUUCACACAAUUGCCCAUUUGCUGAAUGUGGAGUGGUACUACAAUAGCAGGCUUGGGGAGUAUGAUGACCUCAGCACGGCCCUGUCCAGCCUGGAUGACUCGGGCAACAGCACCUUCCUGAACCCAAUCCGUUCUACAACCACUACUCCGACCCUCCUGGUGUUCACCAGCAUCGCUGGGAUCACAGGCGUAAUCAUCACGCUGUCACUCAUCCUCAUGAUCACCUCAUCCAUGGAGGUCAUCAGGCGCAGCUACUUUGAGGUCUUCUGGUUCACACACCACCUCUUCAUUGUCUUCUUCGCUGGGCUGGUCAUCCAUGGAGCCGGACGCAUCGUGCGAAGUCAGACAACCACCGAUCCACCACAUAAUACCACCUUCUGUAAAGAUCGGACAGAUGACUGGGGGAUGAUUCCGGAGUGUCCCAUCCCUCAGUUUGCAGGGGGGUUCCCACAGACCUGGAUGUGGGUGAUCGGUCCCAUGGUCCUCUAUGUGUGCGAACGCUUGCUGCGCUUCGUCCGCUACAUGCAGAGCGUCAAAUACAGAAAGAUAGUUAUUCGACCGUCCAAAGUGUUGGAGCUGCAGCUGGUGAAGAACGGUUUCAAGAUGGACGUGGGUCAGUAUGUCUUCCUCAACUGCCCAGCCAUCUCCCAGCUGGAGUGGCACCCCUUCACCAUGACCUCGGCCCCUGAGGAGGACUUCUUCAGCGUGCACAUCCGCUCCGUGGGGGACUGGACCCAGAAACUCAUCAGCAUUGUGGAGCAGCUUCCUGAGGGGGAUGAGGGACCCAAAAUGGGUGUGGACGGACCGUUUGGUACAGCCAGUGAGGAUGUGUUUGACUACGAGGUCGCCAUGCUGGUUGGCGCUGGCAUUGGAGUCACCCCCUUCGCCUCCAUCCUCAAGUCCAUCUGGUACAAAUUCAAAGAAUCCAACCCCAAGCUACGCACCAGAAAGAUCUACUUCUAUUGGUUGUGCAGGGAGACGCAUGCCUUUGAGUGGUUUGCAGAUCUGCUGCAGGUGCUGGAGAGGGAGAUGGAGGAAAGAGGCAUGGGAGACUUUCUCACCUACAAACUCUACCUCACUGGAUGGGAUCAGAGCCAUGCAACUCAUGUGAUGGUUCAUGCCGAUGAGGACACGGAUGUGGUCACUGGUCUGAAGCAGAAAACCAACUAUGGCAGGCCCAACUGGGAUAAGGAGUUUGAACAAGUGCGCAAAGAGAAUCCGACGUCAGUGGUGGGCACGUUCUUGUGUGGCCCUGCAGUCUUAGGUACAGUCUUGUCAAAGAAAUGUGUCAAAUACACGGACGUCGAUCCCCGAAAGACCAAAUUCUACUUCAACAAGGAGAACUUUUGAGCAAAACAAUGUCUAAUCUGCUCCCCAUGAAGGAAAAGCUGGUUCUUUGCUCUUCCAAAAUGUUUGCAACAGAGAUGUUUUAGACCAUUCAUCUGAACACAAUGGAUGAUGACCGAUCCUGGUACGCUGUCUAAUACUUAUUUUACAUAGGAUUCACAGUAUGUUGCCUGUAAAAACAAUUGUGCAAUGUCUGUAUGAUCCCAUUUCAAAUGGCCCCAUCUUUACCUCUUUCUUGUCGGCAUUCACCAUUUAUAUAGCCAUUACUUAGGCAGCAACUGAGCAAGAGACAUUCAACUUUGACCAUGUUGUUGUGACUGUUGUCAUGGUAACCUGAUGCUGCAAGCAGCAUUGAGCUUGCCAGUUUGUAGUCCUAAAAACCGGACAUUAAACCCACAGAUAGAACAAUGAGACAGAUAUUUCACCAGAUGUAUA